AUGGGCAUCUCCGACGGCCUGGUGGUGUUCCUGUGCAUCUUGAUCGCCGGCAUCGUGGUUGCCGGUGCCGCCGCCCUACAUCGUGUCGUCGCCACCCGCGAGUUCACCGAGGCACUGCCCCAGCCCACCAACGAGCAGCAGUCGUACAUGAGGAUGUUGCGGUCGCGGAAGUGGCCUGGUCUCCGCGUUGAGGAACGCCAGGCGCCGUCGACCGUGACGUCGAGCUAUACCUCUGACAAACACAUGGAACCGGGGCACACACACACGAACGAUGAUGACGCCUCGUCAUAUGCUACGUCGCGACCUCUCCUAAAAGCCUGGUCUGCUUGA